CAGUUGGAAGGACUAAGACGUUCAACACUGUAGCGUUACCCUAAACGCUGUUGUUGUUCUUAAGGUUUCGAGACGUUCCAACUCCAUUCGCAUUGUGAAAGCUACCAUGCAUACCGCACUGCUUAUUACCGGGGUAGUUGUAGGAAUUUAUACAAUCUUAUGGCAUACUAUCCUUAAAGGGCCGAGGUGCAAAAGCACGACAAAACUGCACGGGAAAACUGUGAUCGUAACAGGGGGCAACACGGGCAUAGGGAAGACCGCUGCUCUCGAUCUGGCCAGGAGAGGGGCGAGGGUCAUCCUGGCCUGCCGUGACCAGCAGAGAGCGGAGGCGGCCGUCCGUGACCUCAGGAGGGAGAGUGGGAACAAUGAAGUGGUGUACAUGCACCUGGACCUGGCGAGCCUGAGGUCUGUGCGUUCCUUCGCUGAGACCUUCCUACAGACAGAGCCCAGGCUGGACCUGCUCAUCAAUAAUGCGGGAAUUUUCAUGUCAGGCAAGACGGAGGACGGCUUUGGAAUGAUCUUCGGUGUCAAUCAUCUUGGCCACUUUCUGUUAACCCUUCUGCUGCUGGAGCGUCUGAAAGAGAGUGGUCCAAGUCGAGUGAUAAACGUGACCUCUAAAGCACACUAUUUUGGCACAAUUGAUUUCAACUGCCUGAGCACCCACAAUGAGCUGGGUGUGGGGACAUCUGGCUUUGAAGUGUUCAAGCUAUACAGCCACAGCAAACUUUGCAAUGUGCUGUUCACCUAUGAGCUAGCCAAGAGACUGCAGGGCACCAAUGUCACCUGCUACAGCCUGCACCCAGGAGCAGUCAAAACAGAAAUAGGUCGUCACAUCAGCGGCUUCUGGAAGAUCGUCAUACAGCCCAUACACUCUCUCUUCUUCAUGGAUCCAGAGGCCGGUGCCCAGACCACCUUGUACUGCGCCCUCCAGGAGGGCAUUGAGCACCUGAGCGGGCGCUACUUUUCCCACUGUGCAGUGCAGGAGAUGUGUGCCAAGGCCAAAGAUGACGCCGUCGCCAGGAAGCUGUGGGAAGUCAGCGAGAGAUUGAGCGGCCUGGUUUGAGAAUGCACCGACACCUGGCUGCAGAUUACAGACGAGACGGCUGCCAGAGACGUGCUCUCUUGGAACUACACUUUAUGCUUUAAGACGGAAGUUUAUUAAAUAACUUUGUAGAUGGAGAUUUUAGUAACUAAAACAGCAACAAAACAUGCACCACUGAAAACAUAUUUAAUUAAAUGUAUUUAAGUAAAUUGGCUGUGUUCACAGUCUCUGUAACUACCUUUUCC